AUGAUCAGAGAAGGGGAGGGUGGCUGUCAGAAGAUUGGAAAACAGAGGGCUAGAGAGUCAACGGCCCAAGAAAAGACGACUACAGGGGGGAAGUCAAGUAAGAAUGGAAGGCCAGUCAGGAUGUUCAGUAUAAGUGACUCCUUUCAGGAUAAAGGCUCCCUGUGCUGCCGAGGGCAUCUAUGUCCCCCUUCACCAUUGGGGAUAUGGACCAAAUUCUACCAAUCAGACCCUCGCAUUGCCCUUGGGAAAUACUCCCCCUUGGAAAAAGAGAUCCUACGUCUAGGUGGCGUUCACACCAUAGCAGCCAGAAGGUUUCUGACUUACAAGCGAGAGGAAGAACGGAAAAUGGUCAAGGAACUGCAGCUGCUGUCUUCAGACUACAAACGGGCGGUGGAAUAUAAAAAACAACAUUCCCUUCCCUGUGGGCCCCUAGAAAAAAUUUGGACGGCAAAGGUGGUCGUGCCCCCGGAGGAGUUCCAAAUGCCACAACGAGAGAGGCUGAACAUCAGCAGGCACGUGGAACGGAUGCACUUUGCCCGGGCCCUGGGGAAUAAGCAGCAUUUACCUGCCAUCAAAAGGCUUCAGAGCUCUUUGCUCCUGUCUGGAGGGGGCCUGGCCCCCACAGCCACAGACAAGGCGGGAGAGGGUAAGGAUGGCACGGGUGUGGAUCACUGCAGUGAUGCCCAUCCAGGGGAGAGAGAGGAAGCGGUGAGCAAAGCCACCAAAAGACGGGAAAUAAAGAUGGAUGUAACGUUCAAGUCAGAAGAACCCAAAAGAUGUAUCAUGUACCAUCCCAGUGCUCUAAAACCGUUCUUUCCCACAAAGAAAGUAGAAAGGUCCAUCACUGGCUUAACAAACAGAAGUCUUUGGAACCUGGCCGAAUUCCCCGGAGAUCUCAUGCUGAUGAGUCAGAAUUUUAUAUCACGAGGAGUCCAUGCCAGUGAUGUGCCAAAGGCCAACCGCCUGGAAGAAGACAGCGCCUGGAAAGAGUACACGCGGAGAGCUGCUUCCCAUCUGUAUUAA